AUGAAUAAAUCCAAUUUUUCAGCUCCUACUCCAAAAACACAAUGUCAAAGAUGUUUAGAGUAUGGGCAUUGGACAGCAGAAUGUAAGAAUGAUCGAGUGUAUAAAGCUCGACCGACUAGAACUCAACAACUUACAAAACCUUUAAAACCAAUAAAAAUAGAAUUACCAGAAGAUUUAAUGCCAAAAAAAGACAAAGAAAUUGCUGAUAAAGAAGAAAAGGCUCCAACAUCUUCAGAAUCAGAAAGUUCAAGUGAUUCUUCUUCAGCAUCGUCUAGUUCAGGUGAUUCUGAUAGUGAAACAACAAACUCUACUACAUCAUCGGAAGAAGAAGAAGAAUCAGCGAAUUUAUUGGUUAUAAUUUGA